AUGAAGUGCAUCGCAGCUGUAGUCAUGAUGGCUCUUGCCGUUGUCGCGGAGGCCGGUUAUGCUCCAUUACUGUACAAUAUUCCUUAUGACUUAGUGCCCCAAACGACCUUCAUUCAGGGCAACCUGGCCAAACUAGUGAAAAUCAGUGAGCUGCCUGUGCUAGACGCUGCUUCAGGUUACCCCUAUAGCAAUCCUUUGUUUGACACCUUAGGUGUUCCGGGACCAUACCUGUCCCCGACUGUCCUGCUGCAGAAGGAAGCACGCUAUCUGGCUGCCAAUCGUGGUGCUAUCCACGAGGCUCCCCUUCCGGGACACGAACUUUCCCAGCACCAGCUCAAUUUGGAUCCGGCAGCGGGAGCCCUCUAA